AUGCCAGGGAGGAAAAAGGAGGGGACAGAGCCCAUGAGAAAUGCCCACGGAAAGCCGCCUCUGACCCUCUGGAGGAAGGGAAAACAGAGAAGUAAAAGGACACUGCUCUGUCCGGGUCACCCUAAAUCCUUACUGGGGAAAAGAGAAGGACCAGGAGGCCAGCCAUUGUGUGAGAUGCUGCCAAGUGCUGGUGUCUAUUACUUCCCAUGGGAGAUCGACAGCUCAGUCCCUGAGGGGAAGACACUGAGGACAUUUGGCAGGUUAUGCUGCUAUGACCUGGCCCGAUCUGAAGCUGUCCUCACCACACAGCACAACUUGGCUCAGUACAAAGUCUGUGUUGACACCAAGUUUGUGGAGCCAUUCCAAGCCCAAGUGGGAUCUUUCUACAUGGUCCUGGGAGAGGUUGAACACAGGGAAGAAACUUCCAGUCCUGUGGUAAAAGCACGAAUAUUGACCUGUGUGGAAGGGGUGAAUGUGCCCCUGCUGGAACAAGCCAUACAGGAGCAGAGGAAAUACUUCAAUGAGAGGCAGGAGCAGAGGGAAAACAGCACAUCCUGACAGCAGCUCUGAGACCAGCCACACGCUGGUCCUUGCACUACCAUUUGGAACAAAUAUGUUUAAAGUAAAUUAGGGGGUGUGUUUGCUGUGGCAAGCAGCAAAGUCACUGAGUGGGGAAACACUUGAAGACUCUGAGUCAAUGUGUGUGACUGUGGGCUGUCCAGUCCUGCCUCAGGUGUCAUGACUGAAAACAGCUCUGGGAGGCAAGUUUGUUGUUUGUUUGAAAGGGUGGUUAAGGAAAGAGAACACUUGGGUUAUAUUGAUCCUUUUGUAAUGCACGACAUGAAGAAGUCAGAAGAAGAAAUCUCUGAAUCUGGAGUUAAGCAGCUCACCUUUGGCAGAUGGGGGGAAAAGGGCAUUAGCACAAAGUUCAUUAGCCCUGCCUGGCUGCAGCGCCAUGAGUGCCUCUGUUGUAGUACCCUGACUCAGCUGCCACACAGGAACAUUCCUGGCAAAACACUCAUGUAUCUGGACUGACCAAAGAAACAAGAAGAACAAAGAGUCCCUAUUUUCAGUAGCACCUGCCUCCUCAGGUGGGAAGAACUGGUAUCUAAGGGGAGGAUUAAGUCUAACUCUAAAAUCAAUAUUUGCAGUACUCUGA